GACCCCUUCUCUCUGUCUGUAGACCUGGUGAAGAGCGUUCCCCAUCACGCCAGCUCCAGCUCUCUAAACAGCUCAGAGAACCCGUACGCCACCAUCAAAGACCCUCCUCUGCUGCAGACCCAGAGCUCGGAGUGCGGCUAUGUGGAGAUGAUGUCUCCUGCUCAUAGAGAUGCACCGUAUGCUGAGAUACACGCCUCCAACUCUGUCAACAAAAAUGUCUAUGAAGUUGAGCCGACCAUCAGUUCUGUCCACACACUCUCUAACAACAGCUGCAACGGGCCAUUUUGUCAAGAUCCAUACGACCUACCAAAGAACAGCCCCAUCCCGUGUCAUUAUGACCUGCUUUCCACGAGAGACAGCAGCCCCUCGCCUCUCAAAUAAACCCCGAGAUGCACCGUGAACCUCUGCAUUUCCACAGCACUCUGUUAACCCUUCCAUAGCUGUCUGUGCUGACAUCCCUCCUUAUUAGAGUUCUUAAUUGCUUUUGCCUUCCAGGAUUCAAUAGCUCUUGUCAAGUCUUACCCAGAGUAAUGUGGAGUUUUUCGGUGGAGGUGCAAACAUUUGUAAUCUUCACAAACAAAUCAUUCCAUUCAUUAAGAACAACACUGCACACAAAUACAGGACAAUGCUUGAAGGGAUCAUUCACCCAAAAAUGAAAAUUAGCCCAUGAUUUACUCACCUUCAAGGCAUCUUAAUGUAUAUGACUUUCUUCUUUCAGACAUCUAAUCGGAGGUAUAUUAAAAAUUGUCCUGGCUCUUCCAAGCUUUAUUUUUCAUUAAUCCAAAAGAAAUCCAAUAAAGUGCUUCAAUCCAUGAUAAGACAUGCCUCACACAGCUCCGAGGGGUGAAUAAAGGCCUCCUAGCACUUGUGUAAGAAAAAUAUUCAUAUUUGAAACUUUGUACACAGUAAUAUCUAGCUUCCAUUAACUGUCAUAUGCAUGUUCACAAUAAAUUCUGUUCUGGUGGAUGACGGAGGAUGUCAUGCACCGCUGAGAAGUGACAAAUGCAGAGAAGCACAGAGGAGAGAGCAAAGCACAACAGUGGUCACAAAUGAGUUUGAUAUAAGCCAAAAGGAGACUGGUUUUCCUUUUUCCAUUUGGGGAUCAGAUUAAGAACUAUUUCUUUAAUGUUUCUGAUCAAAUAUGUCAGAUUAUUCCUAAUGACAGUUUGACAUUUUUUUUAUGAUAUUGAGGGUAUUAGUACUGUUUUUUUUUAAAUAAAGCAUUUCAGGUUUACCAAAGGUUGACAUGCCCUGAUAAUGCACACUUUGUGUUGUAUUAAUAUUGACAGCCUCCCAGUAACUAUAGUUUACAGUCACAAGUUUUAACAUUAGCAUCAUUUUUGGCUUGUCUUUUGAUUUUAGUCCUAAUAAACAUGAUAAAUGAAAUGAAAUGCAUAUAUUUCAGUUUGUAGUACUUUAUAGUUUUUAGUAAGCUAAAGCUGGACUUUUGCGAAGAAAGACAAAUCUUUAAAUUGAUGUGGUGGGGUCAGUUUGAAAUUAAUACAUCUUUGGAGUAUUUAGGACAUUAGUCUUAAAGCACUCUGAGCCUAGACUUUAACUGUGUUAAAUUGUACAUAGUGCCAGUUCUUUAAUAAAU